CAAGGAAAGCCACCGUGUGUUCUUUGACUUUGUACUCCUUUGAGAAAUUGUUUUGUUUUGUUUUUGUUACCAAUAUUCAUUGUUUCGCCAAUGCUCUGUCUCACUGUCAUGUCUGUUGAUACAGAAUACGGAUUCAAACUAAGCAAAAACUCAGAGCGCCAAAAACACUUCUCCUUCACUCUCUCAACAGUGUGCGCACAUUCUUCUCUCUGCUCCUUUCUUCCUUAACCCUUUCCAUUACUACUAACUAAUCAAUUUACAUUGCUCCCUAAUACUGACGAGUUAACUUCAGGAGAAGUAAACAAAAAAGAAAGGAAAAUGAAUUAUAGUGUGAAAACUGAGCAGUCUUUCGAGAAACUAGUAGCGUGAGAACUGGUGAAGAAGACUCGGUUUAAGGAUUCUCGUUGUUUGUUCCGUUUUAAGGUUAAUUUUGUGACAUUAUUGGAGGUGGUAGGUAGGUGAAGAGGGUAAAUGAGAGAAACGAGGUUAAAUAAAUAUUAUAAAAAACUGUGGAGGUUGACCGGUGGAUAUUAGAGUAGUAAGUAAGCAGUAGAAUAGAAACCCUAAAGAGAAACCAAAGCAAAACAUUAUCCAUCUCAGAAGUUUGUGAAUAGAGUGAGGUUCCAUGUCGGUUGAUUUGGACAACGUUUCCACAGUGUCAGGGGAAGCAAGCAUGUCUUCCUCUGGCAAUCAAACAAAACCUGCUCCCAAGAGAAAACGAAACCUCCCUGGCAUGCCAGAUCCUGAGGCAGAGGUGAUUGCUCUGUCACCGAAGACGCUGUUGGCGACGAACCGGUUCGUGUGUGAGAUAUGCAGCAAAGGGUUUCAGAGGGACCAGAAUCUGCAGCUUCAUCGGAGAGGUCACAAUUUGCCGUGGAAGCUGAGGCAGAGGUCCACCAAGGAGGUAAGGAAGAGAGUGUACGUGUGUCCCGAACCCGCGUGCGUGCACCACGACCCUUCUAGAGCCUUGGGGGACUUGACGGGGAUUAAGAAGCACUUCUGCAGGAAGCACGGUGAGAAGAAGUGGAAAUGCGACAAAUGCUCCAAGAAAUACGCCGUUCAGUCGGAUUGGAAAGCGCACUCCAAAGUAUGCGGCAAUAGAGAGUAUAAGUGCGAUUGUGGAACCGUUUUCUCCAGGAGGGAUAGCUUCAUUACGCAUAGAGCGUUUUGCGAUGCGUUGGCCAAGGACGGCGCGAGAUCUCACACUGUUGUUACCAAGGCUAAUGAGGAGAAUGAUUCAAUGGUUUUAACCGACUCACCGCUGCCGGAGGUUGCGGCGGCUGCAGCCACCACCCCUGCGCAGUCAAACAGUGUCAUAUCUUCUGGUGUGCAGACACAGAACCCAGAGUUACCGGAAAGCAAUCCCCCACAAGUCAUUGAGGAGCCACAAGCUACUACUGCUAUAAGUGGGAGCUCUGGCAGCAACAAUAACAGUAGUACCAAUUGCUCGGCAAGCAAUGUCGGUGCUACUAAUAAUAGUAAUAGUAGUAGUGUGUUUGCAAGUUUGUUUGCUUCUUCAACAUCUUCUGGGACUCUACAAUCUCAAACACCAGCAUUCGGUAACUUAAUUAGAAGCAUGGGGCCUCCAGAUCACCGUGCAGAUAUCACAGCUCCCUCUUCGGCUGAGGCCAUAUCCCUUUGCCUCUCCACCAGUAAUGCCUCACCAAUAUUCGCAACAGGAGGGCAAGAGCACACAAAUGCCUCGCCUCCGCAACCUGCCAUGUCAGCCACUGCAUUGCUGCAGAAAGCUGCUCAAAUGGGUGCUGCAGCCACAAAUGCCUCUCUGCUUCGCGGGUUGGGCAUUCUGUCAUCAUCUUCAGCUUCAACUCCAUCAGGGCAGCAAAAUGGCCUGCAAUGGGGUCAGCCUCAGUUAGAAUCUGAGAGUGUUUCGGUUCCUGCAGGGCUUGGACUUAGUCUUCCAUGUGAUGGUGAUUCUGGACUGAAGGAAUUGAUGACGGGGACACCCUCCAUGUUUGGUCCUAAACACACGACUCUUGAUUUUCUAGGACUGGGGAUGGCUGCUGGUGGAGGCUUAUCUGCACUCAUCACAUCUAUCGGUGGUGGUUUGGAUGUUGCUGCUGCAGCUGCAGCAGGAACCUUUGGUGGUAAUGGGGAGUUUUCUGGCAAAGAUAUUGCAAGGAGGAGCUCUUGACAUUUUGGUUGCAAUAACUGCUUUUAUCAGGGCAAAAAGUUAUCUACGACUGUAGAAUUAAAUGUCGUCUUUGUGUAGAGUGUUUCGUUGCAGCAGCAAUGAUUAGGAGUAUUUAGCAGUAUGAUAGAGCAUGCACAUAUUGGAGCUAUGCAAGAAAUUAUGCGCAAUGGGGAAAUUUUUGGACUGUGUUGCCCCCUUUUGAUGUGAGGGAAAUGACUGUAUUUACUGUCUUUGAAAACGGAAAGGUGGCAAAUUCCAAUUAGUGGCACAAGUUACAAUAUUCUUGCUCUGUUCUGGAGGACGGUUAGUUGUGAAUUAGGGUUGUUUGCAAAGUGUUCCAAAUUUGAUAUGGAUGUCGUAGGUUUCGGCGACAGUGCACGAUUGAAGUUAUCAUCUUGGUCACGACUUCUUGAGCCUCCACAGUUUUGAUCCAAUUUGAAUUUUGCCGUUGAAUGCUUUGAUCCGUAGCUGUUGGCAUAAAUCAGGAAACUUUCAUUAGUAUAGUUUUCUUCUACUUUCGAUUUAUUGUAACGAGGUUGAUUUUUAUCCAUGCCCCAUUGUUUUGUAGUUAAUGUUUGAUAGAAUACUAGUAAGUAAUUAAUGUUUUGAUGUAAA